CCUGAACCACGAGCUGUCAGUUCAAGAUGGCGGCGGCCGAGGCAUCUGUGGGUGAUGGGGAGCUGUGGCAGAGCUGGCUUCCCAACCACGUCGUGUUCCUGCGGCUCCGCGAGGGCCUGAAAAACCAGAGUCAGGCCGAAGCGGAGAAACCAGCGACUUCGACUUCGCCCUCGUGCCCGCCUCUGCCGCCGCAUUUGCUGACGAGAAACUUGGUCUUUGGCCUGGGAGGGGAGCUCUUCCUCUGGGACGCAGAAGGCAGCGCCUUCUUGGUGGUUCGCCUUCGAGGCCCGAGCGGUGGCGCCGUGGAGCCCCCUCUCUCCCAGUACCAGAGAUUACUUUGCAUAAAUCCACCCCUGUUUGAAAUUCAUCAAGUCUUGUUAAGUCCAACGCAACAUCAUGUAGCACUCAUAGGAACAAAAGGACUCAUGGCAUUAGAAUUACCUCAGCGAUGGGGGAAGGAUUCAGAAUUCGAAGGUGGGAAAGCAACUGUGAAUUGUAGUACCACACCAAUUGCUGAGCGAUUUUUCACCAGCUCUACCUCUCUGACUCUGAAACAUGCUGCAUGGUAUCCAAGUGAGAUGCUGGAUCCCCACAUAGUGCUGUUGACAUCGGACAAUGUGAUAAGAAUUUACUCUCUCCGUGAACCUCAAACACCUACAAAGGUGAUUGUACUUUCAGAAGCAGAAGAGGAAAGCUUAAUACUCAAUAAAGGACGGGCAUAUACAGCAUCUCUAGGAGAGACUGCAGUUGCAUUUGACUUUGGGCCACUGGCAACAGUGUCGAAGAAUAUAUUUGGACAGAAAGGCAAAGAAGAAAUAGUAGCAUAUCCACUGUACAUCUUAUACGAGAAUGGGGAGACCUUCCUUACCUAUGUCAGUCUGUUACACAAUCCUGGGAAUAUUGGGAAGCUGUUGGGACCGUUGCCUAUGCAUCCUGCAGCUGAAGAUAACUACGGUUAUGAUGCCUGUGCUGUACUCUGUUUGCCCUGUGUUCCCAAUAUCUUAGUAAUUGCAACUGAAUCAGGAAUGCUGUAUCACUGUGUUGUACUAGAAGGGGAAGAAGAAGACGAUCAAACAUCAGAAAAGUCCUGGGAUCCCAGGGUUGACCUCAUCCCUUCUCUGUAUGUGUUUGAGUGUGUUGAAUUAGAACUUGCCUUGAAACUGGCAUCUUCAGAGGAUGAUCCCUUUGCAUCUGACUUUUCCUGUCCAAUUAAACUGCACAGAGAUCCCAAGUGUCCUUCGAGAUACCACUGUACUCAUGAAGCUGGCGUGCACAGUGUUGGACUGACUUGGAUUCAUAAACUUCACAAGUUUCUUGGGUCAGAUGAAGAAGAUAAGGAUAGUUUGCAGGAACUUGCUGCAGAGCAGAAAUGCUUUGUAGAGCACAUUCUCUGUACAAAGCCAUUGCCAUGUAGGCAGCCAGCUCCAAUUCGAGGAUUCUGGAUUGUCCCGGACAUCCUGGGACCCACAAUGAUCUGCAUCACCAGUACCUAUGAAUGUCUCAUAAGGCCUUUAUUAAGUACAGUCCACCCAGCAUCUCCUCCCCUGCUGUGUACCCGAGAAGAUGCUGAAGUGGCAGAGUCUCCACUGCGCAUCCUGGCUGAAACCCCAGACUCCUUUGAGAAGCAUAUUAAAAGCAUCUUGCAACGUAGUGCCGCCAACCCCGCAUUUCUCAAAUCAUCUGAAAAGGAUUUGGCUCCCCCUCCCGAGGAGUGUCUUCAGCUUAUCAGCAGAGCCACCCAAGUGUUCCGAGAACAGUACAUUCUCAAGCAAGACCUGGCCAAGGAAGAAAUUCAACGGAGGGUCAAAUUAUUAUGUGACCAAAAGAGGAAACAACUAGAAGAUCUCAAUUACUGUCGAGAGGAGAGGAAGAGUCUACGGGAAAUGGCGGAGCGCUUAGCUGACAAGUAUGAGGAAGCCAAAGAAAAACAAGAAGAUAUCAUGAACAGGAUGAAGAAAGUGCUCCACAGUUUUCAUACUCAGCUCCCGGUUCUCUCUGACAGUGAGAGAGACAUGAAGAAAGAGUUACAGCUGAUACCUGACCAACUACGACAUCUAGGCAAUGCCAUCAAACAGGUUACUAUGAAAAAAGACUAUCAACAGCGGAAGAUGGAAAAAGUGCUGAGUCCUCAGAGACCCACCAUUACUCUCAGUGCCUACCAGCGAAAGUGCAUUCAGUCCAUCCUGAAGGAAGAGGGUGAACACAUCAGGGAAAUGGUGAAGCAAAUCAAUGAUAUCCGAAAUCAUGUCAACUUCUAACACCACCUGAAGUUAACACAACUGAAGGCUCACAAACUUGUGCUGUAAAACAAACAGGUAGCACUAUCUAAUUUAUAAAGAAACAUUUUGAAUAAACUUUGGUGUGAUUAUUCUUGUUAUUCCUUUUGUUCUGUAUAAUUUGAAUAAAUUUUUAUUCAAAAUUUGA